UUUCCAAACCUGUGACGUAGAUCUCAGACUCGAGCUCGCGCAGCUUCAGUCCUGCAGCUCCUCAGAGCCUCCGCGGUCCGGUCUGGUCCACAAGUGAACUGACUCCGCUGGUGCUACACAGGAAGAUGAUCCCGCUGCUGCUCCUCAGUCUGUUCUCUCUGGGCGGAACCGAGAGUUUGGAUCAGGCCCACAGUGAUCUGGAGCUCUACAGAACCAUCUACAUCUCUGAAAACGGGCCGAAACUCUCGGUUCUGGUGGAACAGCCCAAAGUUGUGUCUCGGCGGGGAGGAAACGUAACACUGCCAUGCAGCUUCCAGAGGGACCCCUCGUCUCCGCCCAAUCCCAAACUGAGGAUUAAAUGGACUAAGCUGACCUCAGACUACCUGAAGGAGAUUGACGUGUUCGUGGCGAUGGGUUUCCAUAAGAAGAGUUACGGCAGUUUUCACGGCCGCGUGCACCUUCAGGCGGCCAAUCAGAACGACGCCUCGCUCGUCAUCACUGAAAUCACAUUGGAGGAUUAUGGGAAAUACAAGUGCGAGGUGAUUGACGGGCUGGAGGAUGGGACAGGGGUGGUGUCCCUCGAUCUGCAAGGUAUCGUCUUCCCGUAUUUUCCACGUCUCGGUCGCUACAACUUAAACUUUCAGGAUGCAAAUAAAGCCUGUCUGGAUCAGGACGCCAUCGUCGCCUCGUUCGAUCAGCUGUACGACGCCUGGCGAGGGGGGCUGGACUGGUGCAACGCUGGCUGGCUGAAUGACGGAUCAGUGCAGUAUCCAAUCACCAUACCUCGUGAGCCGUGUGGUGGAAAGAACACAGUGCCCGGUGUGAGGAAUUAUGGGAUGCGAGACAAGGACAACAACAGAUAUGACGUAUUCUGUUUUACUUCUAACUUUAAAGGACGGUUCUACUACCUGAUGCCCUCGUCGAAGUUGACCUAUGAGGAGGCGGUGGGGGCGUGUCUGAAGGACGGUGCUCAGAUCGCUAAAGUGGGGCAGAUGUACGCGGCCUGGAAGCUGCUGGGAUACGAUCGGUGUGACGCCGGCUGGCUGGCCGACGGCAGCGUCCGUUAUCCCAUCUCCCGCCCGCGGAGGCGCUGCAGCCCCACCGAAGCCGCCGUUCGCUUCUCAGGAUUUCCCGACAAAAAACACAAACUCUACGGUGUUUACUGCUUCAAACACCAACACUGAGCUGGAGGUGGAGGAGGGGCAGAGUCUGUAGGGGGCAGGGCGGGAGGAGGCGGAGUCUGUUGGGGGCGGGGUCUAUGUAAGUUAAACUGUGACAGUGCUUUGAACAGAAGGAAAUUGGGGGAGGGACUGACAACAAAAUAGAAGCCCUCAUUUCUGACAAAAAAGUUUACUUCAUAAAACACAAAUAUCAUUAUCAUAAAAUAAUCCACACAAAUAUAUUUAAAAAAAUUAAAUGAUUAUUAAUAGAAACGACAGAAAUUCUGAGUUACAGACGGAACAGAAAAUGUUCUAAUAUUUCUGAAAUAAUGCAGUAUUGUUUCAUUCAGAACUUUUCAGGACUAAUUUAAAAAUAAAGCAAAAUAUAUACAAAGUAUAGAUUAAAAAUAUAAAUAUAAAUAUAAAUAAUUAUUAUAUUCCAUAAGAACAGCACACAUAUAGUGACCAGUCCGCCGUCUGGCCACAGCACAAUCUCUCUCUCUCUCACACAUACACUCAUUUUUUCCCAUCAUCCUUUCUGGGUGCUACAAUAAAGUGUUGUUUUUAGAUUGUUUUUUUUUUUUUUAAAUAUAUAUAUUUUUUUCUGUGGACCAAAAAUCCAGUAUUGCAUAUGUUGACAUUUUGACGUGACUCUCAUUGUUUAUUUUUUACAAUGCAAUAAGCAUUUAGAAUUGUUUGUAUGCAAAUAAUUUUUCUCAGAAUGUUGUGUUUAUAUUAUUCCUACAUCUGUAUUUUCUUUAUCAGAUGUUUAGACAGUGCUGCUCUCUAUCCAGAAAAGAAAAGAACAGAUGCACUGAUCUUGUGACUUAAAAAAUCUGUGAAAAUGUUUAGUUCACUUCAAAUUAUAAAAAAAAUUAUCAGAUUCAUAAACUUUUAUUUUAUAGCAGAUUAUUGUUAUGUACUGUAUUUGUAUUUAACCUCUGUGGAUAUUUUUCCUGAAGUCCGUCCAAUCAGCGUUCAGGAUCCCAGAGUUAUCUUUCCUUUAUAAAGUAAACACUUAGAUUUGGAGUCAUAGUUUUAGUAAAUGCAUGUUAAACCUGAAGAUAAAAACAGGCUAACAGGACAACAAAAAAAAAACAGAAAAGAAAAUGAAGUAAAAUAAAGUUUACAGAGUGAUUUAGUAUUGCAAACAAAUCUUAAAGCUAAUUUUCACCCAAAGAAAAACAACAAAAAUACAUGGCGUGAUUCGCUGCACCGCCGGCAUGCUGCAGACAGGAGGCCUCUGAUUGGCUGAUAAAUAAAACCUGGGGAUUUAUUAAUUAAAAUAUAAUUUAAAACAUGAAUUAUGACCCCAGAAUAAAAAACACACAGACUGCCAACAAUAAAACACACAUUACUCUCACCCAGCAGCCAUUUACACACAGAGGGCAUGCGCUCGGAUAGUUAGACUCAAUAAAAGAAUAAACUCUAUUCAGAAA